AUGCAAUUAAGACGCUCAUCAAGAUUAAAGAAGCAAAUUUCUGAUCAACAGGUAGAAAGUAUAGACAAAAAAGUAACAAAGAGGAAUACUGCCAAAACUAAUUCAAAGGUAAAGUCUACUAAAAAGAUUGAUGAAGAAAAGGGUUUGGAUGGAAAAGGUAAUGUCUCUGUGGUUGAAUUGCCUAAAGUUCUGGAAAUUGGUGAUGAAAUCCCAGAUUUAACGCUUUUAAAUCAAGAUAAUAAAGAAAUUUCUUUAAAAGACAUCGCUGAAAAGAACAAAAUUAUUAUUCUCUUUGCAUAUCCAAGGGCGUCAACACCAGGUUGUACUCGUCAGGUCUGUGGAUUUCGUGAUAAUUUCGAUGAUUUAAAGAAACAUGCUGCAGUAUUAGGUAUAAGUGCAGACAGUGUUAAUGCACAAGAAAAAUUUCACAACAAACAACAGUUACCAUAUGAUCUUUUGAGUGAUCCGAAAAGAGAAUUAAUUGGUCUUCUUGGUGCUAAAAAGACUCCAACAUCUGGUAUCAUUAGAUCAUAUUGGAUUUUUGCUGAUGGUAAAUUAAAAUUUAAAAAAAUUAAGGUGUCACCUGAAGUUAGUGUUUCUGAGGCAAAGGAACAUAUUAUUGAAUUAACAAAGACUAUUAAGGAUGAGUAA